AUGUUGUUUCACAAGGUAUUUCUGGCUGCAGCUGCCGUUGCUACAGCCUACGCUGGACCAUGCAAGCCUGUGAGUUCCAGGGCAUCUGUUUCUUCGUCUGCCGUCACUGGCAUUCCCUCUUCGACUGCUUCGGUUGAGGUCUCAGAUACGACACUUACUGCCACUUCUGCGUCUUCUGGUACAGAGGAGGCCACAUCAACUGUGACUAUCAGCUCUGAGACCGUUACGUCCGAGGGUUCCACCACUUUGGCUACGUUGCUGUCCAGCUCCGGAUCUGUUUCUGGUGGUCUUUCUACUUCCGCAACUGGCUCUCAAAGCGGUGAUGUGUUGGUCUCAACCAGUGGUUCAGAAGCCCUUGGACUUUCUACUGGUACUGCUGUUACUGGCACCAUGACCUCGGGAGGUAUCACGACUGGUACUACUGACGUGGAUCUAACGACUAAGCCUACUACCGCGCCAACUACCGACGGUACCACUGAUGCUGCUGCAACUGGUACUACUACGACAGAGUUGUCUGGGCAGGCCACGAUUGACCCUGCUACUCAAUCUGAUGCCACGCCUGGCCCUUCGACAACUCAGCAUACCACGACUGAGGGUACAACCACCGAAUCUACAGUCACUGCGCCAACGUCCACAUCUGAGUUCUGUUACGAUAAUGCAGAUGUCAUCUCAAUGCUGGCCUUUGACCCAGUUGCCUCUCCCUUCUGUGUCAGCUACCUUUCCAUGACCAUGCAUACAAUCACUGAGUAUGCAACAACUGAUCCCACAAACGUGUACCAAGUCGAUGUCGCCACCAUCACCGCCGACGCUCUCACGCACAUCGAGACUGACUACGACGGUGUAACUGCAAUCUUGACAGAGUUCAAGACCAAUACCGAGUGGUCAGAGGCUACGGUUACGUCGACACGAUCGGUCGAAACAAUUACAUGCCUUGACACCGCAUACUCCUACGUUGCCCCUGUUCCUACCAUCGACCGAGGCAGUCCGCAUCCAGAGAAGCGCGGCCAGGACGAGAUUGAGGUCCCUGAGGCGAUACCUUCUGACUGGACUGAGGCUCAAACCUCUGAUAUCUGCUCCUGUCUUGAUCUUGAGGAACCUACGACUCAUACGACCGUCACUCAGACAGUUGAGCCUACGACGUUCAUCACAGCUUCUACAGAUGUCGUUACUCCCAUCGAUGAAUAUACCAAGGUCAUCACCACUACAGCAGUCAGUGUCUUUACCUCAACAGUGACUGAGAAGAAGACCUCGACUGUCACCGCAUGGGUCGUCGAGACUACAUUUGCUGAUAACAACGAUAUUGCCUACCGACGACUCAAUUGCCCUUUCAACGCCAACGCCUACGACGAUGGUUUUACAACCAAUUACUUCAAAAGCAAACCCGUACUAUCGUCAGGCAACGCGCAUACCCUUCAAUUCUCCGCAUGCAGCUCCCUCACCCUCCCCAGCAGCGGAACAUUCGAUGCUUCCCAAUCAGCCCUUCUCUACAACGCAUACUUCUACGCCAAAGAGACAGGAACGUAUACCUUUUCUGUUCCUGAUACCAUCGAUAACUGGGGUUAUCUCUGGGUCAAGGAUGCAGCGUAUACGUGGAGUUAUGGUGCCUGGGCUAUCCAGGGGACGCGAACGGGACAGAACUCCGCGUUGUGGAAGGGAGGUUCGUACUAG